AGAGUGGGAGGAGGGAGGAGGGGAAUGAUUUAGGCUAUUAUGAAAGGAAGAUAGAGACAGAGUGAGGAAGAGAGAUCGUGUCGUGCAGACGACAACAUCCUUAUUGCGACGGGGGCUGCAGCUGCUUAAAGAGAGAGAAAAAGUCUCGUAACAUUAGAAAAGGCCAGUGGCCGUUAUUGACGCAGCGUCACUGGAGGAGGCAGAGAGACGCGAGCACGUCCUCAUUCAAAGCUUUUUACAAAGGAGCUGAAAGGCCUCUGUCUCUUGUCUGGGUGUGGUUGCAGUAGGAAGAUGAGGAUUCUAUUGUGUCUGCUGUCUCUCAGCUCUCUGGCUCUGAGCUACACAUUGGGUGGGGAUGUGUGUGUGUCGGGUCACGACAGUGGGCCUGUGUUUGAGGAGCAGCCGUCUAGUCUGAUUUACCCAGAGGGGAUGCCAGAAGGCAAGGUGACCCUGAGCUGCCAGGCUCGCGCCAGCCCUGCUGCUAUUUACCGGUGGCGUGUGAAUGGCACUGAAAUAGCAUUUGCCGAGGAUUCGCACUACACGCAGGUUGCAGGAAACCUUGUGAUCAAUAACCCUCAGAAUGGGCGAGAUGGUGGGUCAUACCAGUGUCUCGCCAUCAACCGCUGUGGCACCAUUGUUAGCCGAGUGGCUAACCUCAAAUUUGGCUACCUCCAUGAUUUCCCCCCUGAGAGUAGAAGCCCUCAGACGGUCCAUGAAGGUGCAGGAACCUUUCUUGCCUGUCAGCCACCAGCUCAUUACCCAGCUUUGUCCUACCGCUGGUUCAUAAACGAGUUCCCCAACUUCAUCCAGCCAGAGGGGGGCAGAUGGUUUGUUUCUCAGGUGACGGGUAACUUAUACCUUGCUAACGCAAGAGCCAAUGACACGGGCAACUAUUUCUGCUUCACCACCAUCAACAUGGACAUCAGCACCAAGAGCAUCUUCAGCAAAGCUGUCCAGCUCACUGUUUACCCUGAUGCAAACCCAAGGAAAGCGGCUCCAAAUGUCCGAGUGCGUUUUCCCGCUGAGACGUACGCAUUAUCGGGACAAACUGCACAGCUGGAAUGCUUUGCCUAUGGCAAUCCAAUUCCUAAAAUCCGCUGGAGGAAGGUGGAUGGGAUUUUACCACCUAAGGUCGGAGCAAGUGCAGAGGGACCCACCCUGAUUAUUCCUGAAUUGAAUUUUGAUGACGAGGGCAUGUAUGAGUGUGAGGUUUACAACUCAGAGGGCCGUGAGACACAUCAGGGACGUGUCUCUGUGCAAGCCCAGCCUGAGUGGCUUCAGGUCAUGAGUGACUCUGAGGUGGAAAUCAGUUCGGAGCUGCAGUGGAGCUGUGCUGCUGCGUGCAAACCAAGACCCACCAUUCGCUGGCUCCGUAACGGACAGCCCCUCACCACACAGGACCGUGUGGAAGUGAAUAACGGGCGACUGAGGAUCAGUAAUCUCGCCUUGGAUGAUUCCGGGAUGUAUCAGUGUGUAGCCGAAAACAAACACGGCACCGUUUACUCAAACGCUGAGCUCAGAGUUCAAGUCCAGGCUCCAGACUUCAGGUUAAAUCCAGUGCGGAAGCUGGUUCCUGCUGCCCGUGGUGGACUGGUGAAAAUGGAGUGUAAACCUCGGGCGGCUCCUAAACCCACUCUCUUCUGGAGCCGUGGCACAGAGCUACUGACCAAUAGUACCAGGAUAACAGUCACUCCAGAUGGGGUUCUGUGGAUCUACAAUAUCAGUCGGGCCGAUGAGGGAAAGUACACCUGCUUUGCAGAAAACUACCUUGGCAAAGCCAACAGCACGGCACACCUGUCUGUCAGAGAUGCCACAAAAAUCACAUUAGCACCCUCUAAUGCUGACAUCAAUCAGGGUGAAAAUGCCACUCUGCAGUGCCAUGCGUCACAUGACCCUACUAUGGAUCUCACCUUCACCUGGUCCCUCAGUGGAGUUCUGCUGGACCUAGAGGAACCAAAUGGACACUAUCGGCGUUUGGAGGGGAAAGAGACAAUUGGUGACCUGUUGAUAGUGAACGGACAGCUCAGUCACGCUGGCACAUACACCUGCACGGCCCAGACGGUGGUGGACAGUGCUGUGGCCUCAGCCAAGCUGGUUGUGAGGGGACCACCAGGACCUCCUGGAGGUUUAUUGAUGACUAGUGUCAAUGACACAUCAGUUGAGCUGAGAUGGAGUCGUGGAUAUGAUAAUCACAGUCCCAUUGGCAAGUAUGUCAUCCUGGGCCGAUCCUCACAGACUCACGACUGGAAGAGGAUGAGGACAGACCCUGUGAACAUAGAAGGAAAUGCUGAGUCUGCACAUGUGAUAGAUCUUCGACCCUGGAUGGAUUAUGAAUUCCAGGUCAUUGCCAGCAACAUUUUGGGUAGUGGAGAACCAAGCAUGCCCUCCCAGCCUGUCCGAACCAAACAAUCAGCACCCACUGUGGCUCCCAGUGGACUUGGUGGAGGUGGAGGAAACCGUAAUGAACUUAUCAUUACAUGGACUCCCAUGGCCAGGGAGUAUCAGAAUGGAGAUGGCUUUGGUUAUAUCCUGGCAUUCAGAAAGCAAGGCAUGCCAACAUGGAUGGUGGUGAGAGUGCCACACGUGGAGUCAUCACGAUAUGUCUACAGUAAUGAGAGUCUGUCAGCCUACUGCCCUUUUGAGGUCAGAAUCAAGGCCUACAACAAGAAAGGAGAAGGUCCCUUCAGCCAGAUUGCUGUGGUACAUUCUGCAGAAGAGGAACCUACCGUAUCCCCAAGAAGGAUUAAUGCCACGGCUCUGACAGCUUUUGAGAUUCAGGUGUCCUGGGACCCCAUUCAACAUCUGAACAUUAAUGGAGUUCUUCGGGGUUAUGAGAUCUUACGAUCACAAACUCGCCAGUCUGAUGCUACCCCCAACCGUCCUCCAGGUAACGUCUCAUGGAAGAUUGUUGGUUCUUGGGUUACUGUGAGGUGGGAUCAUGUUAAAUCCAUGGACAACGAGUCUGCCGUUCUGGGUUACAAAGUCCUUUACAAGCAUGAAGGGCAGUCAUCCUUGAAGAUACUGGAGAAAAGCAAGCACUCCAUCACUCUGCCGUUACCCAAGGACAAUGGUUAUGUGGUUCUGGAAAUCCGCUCGUGGGGAGAUGGAGGAGACGGAGCAGCCCAUGAGGAAAUAGUGUCUCAAGAUUCAGGCACUGGAAUGAUGGUCCAGAACAGUUCUGGCACUUCUGGGUCCCUCUGCACAUCUGUUCUGUUGUUCACUGCACUCGUUCUCACUGGUUCGUCUGGACUGUGAUGUUAGCCAGUGAUGAGUCAUUUCUUAUUAAUAUCAAAGAGAAUUGAGCAGGUUUUCCUCAGCAGGGGCAGGACUGUGGGUUGGGGGGGUUUUGAUGAGGGACGUUGGAAUGGAUGCGUGAGGUGUAAAGUUUUAGAAGUGUGAGGAGUGGAAGGUUCUUUUGUAUAAAAAGGCUUUUUUACAAGGAUGACUGGACAGAGUCGUUGUGGGAGACUUUUUUGAUUGUUAUCAUUUUAGACGCUUGCCUUAGACGCUCGGAAACUCAAAAUUGAGCGGUGAUCAUGUCAGCAUUUGGUUGUAGUUUCUAAAAUUCAACAACAGCUCUGACUUGUUGAUUUCGUCACAGGUGUAAAUACACAUGGAUGUAUUGGUGACAUUUCCAUAAUGGAUGAAACAAACACUUUUUUUAAAACUUUGUUGCUACUUCAUGGCAGCAUGUGGACUGCAAAAUGAUCCAAAUGAAUGUUUACCUUUUUUAUUUGAUCUUUAUUUUUUUGUGUGUCAAUGUAAUUAGAAGCAAGAGUGGAUCAGGAUUUUUAUUAACAGGGUUUUGUAUGUUUUGAAUGAUUGUAGCAUUCUGCCUCCCUCAGUGUUCUAGUUUUUAAAGAUGAAAGGUCUCACAAAAGCAAUGGUACAACAGAACCCGAUUCUCGUGUGGUUGUUAAAGUGGGCUUGGCUUGCCAAAGUUAUCACUCUGUUAUCUCAUUGUUAUUGCUUUGUCUUUUUCCUUGAGGAUUACAUAAAAUUGACGUCCAUGGGUUGUUAAUUUCUUUCAUGGCACACUGCAAGAGCGAGACACUGAACAUUGAACAAUGCUGAAGAUAACAUUCAUGGACAAACAAGUU